AUGUCGAUGUUGCAGAGCAUCAUGUCCUACCCCAACUUCGUGAUGAAGAACUCCAUCAUGUCGCAGUUGGUGAGACUUGAAGAGCACUUCGUCCAGUUUGAGAAAAUGGGUGGAAAACUGACUGAUGAGAUGAAGUCAGCUGUGGUGCUCAAAUGUGUGAGCGGGAUGGUGGAAUUCUUCUACAUUGACAGUGAGGAGUGCAAACCUAUGUCAAUCAGGAGCACUACAUUUGGUGGUGAGACCAGCGAACGUUAUGAACUCGACACCAACGAGCGUUAUGAGCUCGACACCAUUGAGGUUGACAUCAUCAUUGACUCUGGGGCUGAUGCACCGAUCUUUCCAUCGAGCAUGAUCCACUGCGGAAGGCAAUGUGAUGGUCAGCAAGUGGCAUUGCAAGAUGCUCAAGGCAGGGCAAUUCCACUACUUGGACAGCGAUCGGUCGCAGUAGUCUUGGAGGACAAGAAUGGAGUGGAGAUAGAAGUGAGAGACAAUGUGGUCUUUUCGGAUGAGAUCAGCCAGCCCAUUUUGAGCUUUGGAAGGCUGAUGAAUGCAGGAUGGAGCAUGUGUGCUCAAACCAGAAGUCUUCGCAAUGGAGCCUACGAGAUUUGUUGGACUUCCACAUCUUCAAAACCAUCGGUCAAGAAUGUGCAGAGUCGUUCUCAGUCAACUCCCAACCCAGCGUGUUCCAUCUCGAUGCCAUCCAAAGGCAUUGUCCACGUAGGCUUGCAAUCCUGGAGUGAGGUCUGCCUUCAAAGCUCGAAUCGCUUGAGGCUGCCCUCCAAUCGUUCGAACAUGUCCUCGAACGAUCAAGCUGCUGUUCUGGAAGCUAUGGGCUUUGGUGUCGAACCAGGUGAAGAACGAGCUAUGCUGGAAGCUCUUGAAGGAGAAAUCCAGCCAAUGCUCGACACCCCCGAGGAUGUGCAGUUGGAACAACAGGAGCUGGAGCUACCUCCUGACGUUCCAGCAGGUAAUGGAGAAGUUCCAAGAGUUGGAGAUGCAGAACAACUUCAACUACAAGUUCCACAAGAAGGAGAAAUCGUGGUUGGAGAAGUGCUGCCACAUCAGAUCGAGGUUGAUGGCAACGUGCUGACUGUAGCAAUUGCCCAGACUCAAGGAGUUGUUGAGAGGCAUCCCAAUGCUCAAACUUUGGUGAAGCCUCCAGACCCGAAACAACAGGAGUUGCACGAGCUGACCCAUACCCCUUACGAGCCCUGGUGCACAGCAUGUUUGAAACAUCGAGCACGACCUGAUCCACAUCGACGAACUGGAGAAGCUCACAACACAAGCAUCCCCAUCAUCUCUAUGGACUUCUGUAUGACGAAGAAGAGGGAUGGCUUGGACCCACAACCAGAGAGAGCACCUGACGACAAAGGAGCUCUUUGGCUGGUGUUGACAUGUAGCCAGACUGGCUAUCUUGGAGUGGUUCCAAUCCAAGGCAAAGGUCAGAUCAAGUACAUGACCCACGAAGUGCUGAGCUUUGUGCAGCAUGCGCUUCGAUUGAAGACCCGAAUCUUCACUACCAAGGUGAAAGAUUCAGCUGGGAACUCAUUGGCUGAGAACAGCAUCCAGCGCAUCAGGCAGCUUGCUUGUACUUUGGUGGAGGAUGUGGCUCAGAAAACAGGCCUGAGUUACCCUUGUGAACACCCACUAUGGUCUUGGGCUGGUAGACAUGCAGCUUGGUGCCUCAAUCGUUACCAAGUUGGCAGAUCCCUCACAGCCCACGAGGUGACUCAAGGCAAAAGAUAUGAUGGAAAAGUUGCACGAUUUGGUGAACCGGUCUAUGGGUAUUGCAUGGGCAAAACCGAGAACCAGGAUGCAUGGAUCAUUGGAGAUGGAGUUGAUGUCAUGCUGAGUCGCAGCAUUCGAAGGGUAGAUCGCCCUUGGACCAACUUCCUUGCCUACUAUAGUGGCUUGCAAACCCACAGCUUCGUGUACCAGACCAGCUUUGGUGGCAGAAUCGUUCCGACGAAGCGCAAGAUCAUCCCGCAGAAACAAGAUGGCCGAUUGCUUCCCAAACUGAGCGAGGUAGAGAGACGCUUUGCUGACGAAGAGGCCGAUGCAGUUUUGGCCUAUGCUCGUUCCAGACAGGGACGAUUGGAAGCUCAACAAGAAGUUCAACAAGCACUUGCAGAACUUCCUGAUCAAGCACCCCCAGGAUCGGGAGUCAUUGUGGAGGAGAUUGCAGAGGAGCCUUCAGCAAAAAGGAUGAAGCCAAGUGAAAGCUCUUUGAGAAGAAUCGAGAUGGUCGAGAGGCGAUUGGUGGAGGUGAAGGUUGCCAAUGAGACUUACUACCACUUGGACAAUGUCAUCGAUGUUGACUUUGUGAACGCUUGGGAGUCUGAAGAUGUGGAGAUGAUUGAAGAGAAGGCCAAGGAUGUAAAUGACAUCGAAGCUUUCUGGUCUGACGAUCCAUUGACGAGAUCACCGCCUGAGCCACUACCUGAGGUAGAUCGCCUGGCUGAUGAGAUCGAAGUCAACAGAUUGCAGGAGAUGGGUGUCAUCGAGAAGCUUGCCCUGAAGGACUACGAGUUGGAACUUCUUACAACUCGAAUGGUCUAUGACUGGCGCAUCAAGGACGCUUUCUUGAUGGCUGAUCAAGAAGAACCUCUACAGGUCACUACAAAGGCUGGAAAAUUCAAGGUGAAGAAGAACCUCCCUGGUCAAAGAAAGGCAGCGAGAUCGUGGUAUGAGUUCAUUGCCAACUACUUGGAAAAGAAGGGCGUGACUUUCUGCACUGAGAACCCAUGUCUUGGACGACGAGGAGGUGGACUUUUUCUACUUCUACAUGUGGAUGACAUGAUGUUUUGUGGAACGAAGUCGGAAGUGGAGAAACUUAUCCAGGAGCUGAAAUCCGAGCUCAACAUCUCCUACAAGAUUGCACGGCAUGAACGAGAUCAGUUCGAGUUCCUGAAGAGAAAGUAG